AUGAGGACGCUGCUGCUGCUGUAUCUGUGCGCGUACGCCGCCUGGGCUGACGACCUGGAAUAUGACGACUACGACACGGACGCCAAGAGCUCAGCAGCAAAGAAUGGGACAGUUGUAAAUGCUCGCGGCCACCGUCCUCUAUCGAGGGGCAGGGAGACCUACAGUGCUCACCGCUAUGUCCCACCCCCCAUCAGUGGUGGCAGCAGAUAUCGCGGCCGCCCCUCCACACCAUCAGCUUCAAGACCACAGGUGCAGGAGAAGGAGGAGCAGCCGGAGGCCGGAGGAUGCACACACGCCUCAGAGGAGAUGGGUGUCCUGUGUCCCAGCGGCUGCGAGCUGAAGACCACACUGCUGAAGCAAGAGAGGAACGUCAAGACGAGCAUUAACGAACUGAAGCCUCAGGUGGACGAUUUGUCCAGAUCCACCAACAACGUCUACAACUACGUCAACAGCAUUUCCAGCUCGCUCAGGGAGAGGCAGCGAAUCGUCCACGACAACAGCCGGGUGGUCAGUCAGUACACCGAUCGGGUGGAGGAACAGCAUGCCUACAUCAAGGAGACGGUGGACACCGUCUUCCCCUCCAGCAUCAGAGUGCUUCAGGGGGUCCUAGACAAGAUCAGGCAGAAGAUCCAGAAGCUGGAGAAGGCCAUCCAGGCCCAGAAGGAGGAGUGCAAGGAACCAUGCAAGACCAAAUGUCCCAUACCGGUGGUGUCUGGUAAGGAGUGUGAGGACAUCUACCGUCGUGGAGGAAGAGACUCCCAGUUGUACCUGAUCCAGCCUGAUGCCUUUUACCCUCCAUACAAGGUCUUCUGUGAUCAGACCAGCCAGAAUGGAGGAUGGCUUCUCAUCCAGAGCAGACUCGAUGGCAGCGUUGACUUCGGCCGACGCUGGGACGAAUACAGACGCGGUUUCGGCAACAUCGCCUUUGAUGCCGGAAAGGGUCACUGCGAGACUCCCGGUGAAUACUGGCUGGGUAACGACCGCAUUAGUCAGCUGACCAAGAUGGGCCCCACUGAGGUUCUCAUUGAGAUGCAGGACUGGACAGGAGCCAAGGUCCACGCCCAGUAUCGCCAGUUCACCAUCCAAUCAGAGACAUCCAACUUUGUUCUGGCGGUCGACGGUUACUCCGGUAACGCUGGCAACGCUUUCCUGGAAGGCUCCUCAGAGCUGUUUGGUGAAAACCGCACCAUGACCAUUCACAACGGCAUGAUGUUCAGCACCUACGACAGAGACAACGACAACUGGAACCCCGGCGACCCCUCCAAACAGUGCUCCAGAGAGGACGGAGGUGGCUGGUGGUACAACCGCUGCCAUUCAGCCAAUCCCAAUGGCCGAUACUACGUGGGCGGAGCAUACACAAGCAAAAUGGCCAAGCAUGGCACAGACGACGGCGUGGUGUGGAUGAACUGGAAGGGGAGCUGGUAUUCGCUGAAGGCCAUCAGCAUGAAGAUCAGGCCUUUCUUUCCCUCCAAAUAA